AGAAAAAUCAGUGUAAACUAACUAUACUUCAAUUUUAAAAAAAAAGAUUGGGGGUCUGUACAAUAUAAUAGUCUUUAAGUGGGUUUUGGAUAGCUUUAGAUGAAGGUAUCCAGUCGGGUGGAAGGUAGUAGAAGGAAGGUUAUCGGUGGAGGGGUUUGACCACUGUCUCUUGCUCACUCCAUUCAUGCAUUUAAAUCUUUGCACACUCUUCAUACUGUGUGUUGCUCUUAAGCUGUAGCACUGGGCAGAAAGAAACCCACUGAAACAGUUGCUGUCCUGUGUCUUAUAGAAGCAACUGGUGUCAUCUAGCAAUUUGAUACAAAUAAGAGAAAAAUCUCUUUAGCCACCGUGUACUGAGAAAUGAGUCUGUACAUUCACAUGGUUGUAAGUAAACUUGCCCAGUGUUUAUCCUCAGAAAGCAAGAACUGAAAAAUGACAGCCCGGAGGGAGGGUGGAAAUCUCUCUUCUAAAGUCGUAGCGUCUAUUCAGCACCUGUGCCGUAGGUUUGGUAUCAUGCCAGUUCUACUCUACAAUAUCUAUGUGUGGCCCUGAAACUGGCCUAAGUGUGACUUGUGGUGUUAAUGAUUACCCCAGCAGGUGUCUAAAGUAACUUGGUUCCACUGGGGUGCAAGCAGUUCACCCACGGAGGAGUCUCCAGAGAGCAGCAUGUUCCCCUUGCUCUUUGGGGUUGGACUAGUGAUUCUGAACCUAGUGACCUCUGCUCAAAGCCAGAAGACAGAACCCCUUAGUGGCUCUGGGGACCAGCCGUUCUUCCAUGGGGCAGAUCGAUAUGACUUUGCCAUCAUGAUCCCUCCAGGAGGCACAGAAUGCUUUUGGCAAUUUGCCCACCACGCUGGAUACUUCUAUUUCAGUUAUGAGGUUCAGCGGACACUGGGAAUGUCACAUGACCGACAUGUUGCUGCCACCGCACAUACCCCACAGGGUUUUCUCAUAGACACCUCUAAGAAUGCUCGGGGCCAGAUUAACUUCUCUACCCAAGAGACAGGUUUUUAUCAGCUUUGUCUAAACAAUCAGCAAAAUCACUUUGCUUCUGUGCAAGUGUACCUCAAUUUUGGAGUCUUCUAUGAGGGGCCUGAGAUGGACCACAAAAAGAAUGAAAGAAAACAACUGAAUGAUACUCUGGAUGCAAUUGAGGAGAGUACACGAAAGGUGCAGAACAACAUCUUUCACAUGUGGCGAUACUACAACUUUGCCCGCAUGAGAAAAAUGGCUGACUUUUUCCUUCUCCAGUCAAACUAUAACUAUGUGAAUUGGUGGUCCACAGCCCAGAGCCUUGUUAUUGUUCUUUCUGGGAUCCUGCAGCUGUAUUUCUUGAAGCGUCUCUUCAAUGUCCCAACGGUAACAGACACAAAGAAGCCAAGAUGCUAAGCUCAAACAACUACAGUGCCCUGGCUCUUUUUUUUUCUUUUCUUUUCAAAAUGGCAAUAAAAUAAUAAAAAUGUGUAUGUUCUGAGGUUAGCUAUUUCUAAAGUGUGCACUAAAUGUUACCAUUAAAAUACUGUCCAUC